AUGAAGCCGAGUACAAACAAAAUCCUUAAAAUUCUUCGUUUGCGAGUGCGCACGAAAGAAGGCAAAUUAAGAAGACGUUAUUCCCGAAGGCUGCAGGCUCAUGUCGGUGGUAGCCCAGGAGGAGGUCUCCAACUUUUGGGAAGGGACCUGCAUCCUGCGUACCGAUUGCCACCUCACAUGGAGUACCUUUAUUCCCUUCAGCAUUCCACCAAUAACUCAAUACACGGUUUAGGAAUAAGUUCAGAGUAUCUCAGCGCGAGAGGUCUAACAGAACUGCAUCCUUCUUCCACGUUGGCUAGCAGCGAAUUCCCCUUUAGCAUAGAUGGAUCUCGGCUGAACAGCCCCCGUCCAGGGAGCAUUCGGCAGUCGCGGAAGCGCGCCCUCUCCUCCUCCCCUUACUCGGACUCCUUCGACAUAAACUCGAUGAUCCGAUUCUCUCCCAACUCCCUCGCGUCGAUCAUGAACGGGUCGCGAUCUUCCAGCGCCAGUGGAUCCUACGGUCAUCUAUCGGCCGGCGCGAUAAGCCCGGCCCUCAGCAUGCACCCUGGGGUGCACCUGCAGCAACUCCAGGCGCACCUGAUGAGGAGCGCCGGGUCGCUGCUGCCCCUCCCGCACGCCGCGCCUCCCCCGCACCCCAUGUACUCCCUUGGACACCAUCCGUUGCACGUGUCUUCGCACAAUGUUUGUAAGACUGAGACAUUAAGUGAUAGGAAAAAAUCCGACACGAGUACGCUCACGCAGCUGGACGUUGAUUCGGCGUCGCUACGAAAACAUAAAAUCAAGAAGGAACCUUCGCUGGUGAAUUGUAAUACCAACGAUGGCCACAAUGACCCCACAGACCUUAAAGACGAACCAGGGGAUUUCAUUGAGACUAACUGUCAUUGGAAAGACUGCUCGACUGAAUUCGGUACACAAGAUGAACUAGUUAAGCAUAUCAACAACGACCACAUUCAUGCAAACAAAAAGUCUUUUGUAUGUAGAUGGGAAGGAUGUUCGAGAGCGGAAAAACCCUUCAAAGCUCAAUACAUGCUGGUGGUCCAUAUGAGAAGGCAUACGGGCGAAAAACCCCAUAAAUGCACGUUUGAAGGGUGUAUAAAAGCCUACUCACGAUUGGAAAAUCUUAAAACGCACUUAAGAUCUCACACUGGCGAAAAACCAUACACCUGCGAAUACCCUGGAUGUUCGAAGGCAUUUAGUAACGCUUCUGACAGAGCGAAACACCAAAACAGAACGCAUAGUAAUGAAAAACCCUAUGUGUGUAAGGCACCAGGUUGUACAAAACGGUAUACAGAUCCUAGUUCGCUAAGAAAACACGUGAAGACAGUUCACGGAGCUGAUUUCUACGCAAAGAAGAAGCACAAGGGCUCCGGUGAUGGUCCCAAUGAUGACGGUCCAGCCGGCCUGGACUCCAGUCCUCGGAGCGAAGACAUGCAGAGCCACAAAACCGCGAGUCUCAGCAGUCCGAGCAUCAAAUCCGAGUCCGAUCUCAACUCGCCCGGACAUCACCAACAAGGCAGUCCUUUGGGUGCCACACAACUCGCUGGUGGAUGCCCGGAAGAUUUCAACUUGGAGCCUACACAAAGAACGGAAGCUGUGGAUGACACGUGGCAAUAUGAUGUUGACUUGGAAAUCGACGAGCUUCCGAAUGUUCUUAGGAGUAUAGUUGGAAUUGGUGGUCCCGAUCGAGGAGGUGUGGCAAUUCAAGACCGCACACCGCGUGUCAGAAUGAAGCCAAGAAUUUCCUCUGUAAAACCUUCACCCAUCAUUCCCAUGCACGGUCCUGGUAGAAAGUUCGGCAUUAACGAUCUUAACCAAAAGAUUAACCACCUGAAGAUGGAGGAUAGAGGUGUUCCGCAAACUAAUCUUCCCCAGCAAAGGUUGCAUCCUUCAGGAAACCUGACUCAAGUACAAAUAAGGAGAGAUAGCACCUCUACGGUGGGUUCAUCUCACUACGGAAGCAUGAAAAGUGCUGAUGCCAGCAGAAAGAGUAGUUUGGCAUCGCAGGCUUCCAGUAUGCGUCCAGGAAUGGGACAAGGAUCCUUCUACGAUUCUGCUAUUUCCUCUAGAAGGUCAAGUCAAUUGAGUAACGCGACCACUGGAGGAGUGUCAGUUCCUCCUGCUCCACCAUCUCAUCUUCUAGUAGGACAAUUACAAAAGCUCCAGAACUCCCCAACAAGGACGAACUCGAAUUUAGUACUACAGACUCAAAACAUGUCCCUGCAACAAACUGCAAUCCAGCAAACCUGGCAUUCGGGAUUAAUGUCUGAUAGUGUAAGAGCAUCAAAUACAACUGCAGCAAGUACCGAUACGACAAGGCGUAUGUCUGAACCAUGUCACACCAUAACCGACAGAAAGAGCCCACCACCAAGGCCUGCCUCUGUUACGCUUUCACCCUUGAAGGGAACCCUUAGUUCCACGGAACUGCAUCCUAAUCAAGCGGUGGUAUUGGACGAAGUGGGAGAAGGUGAAAUGGUCGAAAAUAAGUUGGUGAUUCCUGACGAUAUGGUGGUAUAUUUAAACCAAGUUGCCGAUAACCAAAACACCGAAUUCACCCACAUGAGCUGGUGCGAAUCUUCUCCAAAACCUCCAAAUCAGAUGAUGCCACCUUCCCCUCCCCAAUUCUCCGCAGCACCUCCAGUUCAAAAUCAACCUGCACCUGCACCUGCACAAAUUAAACCGCCUCAAUCUGCGGCAAACUUAAAUCAAAUGAUACCAAGCCCGUCGGUUAAUCUGAACCAAGUGAUGCAUUCGCCAUCGACAAACUUAAACCAGAUGCUGCCGUCACCGGCAUCCACAUUGAACCACAUGAUGCCUUCACCGGGUGCCAACCAAAUGGUUCAUUCUCCUGCCACCAAUCUCAAUCACCAAGUGAUGUCGCCGCAGUCGGUUUACAAUCAAAUGAUGCCAUCCCCUUCAUCGAACUUCCAAAAUCCGAUGUUGUCGCCUGCACCUAGCGUGCACCAGAUGGUUCCAUCUCCGGCGCAAACUAACUUAAACCAAAUGGUGCCUUCUCCGAUGUCUGUAAGAUGCCAUCCUCAUCUAAUGUCUCCCGGCACAACGAUACAUUCCAUGCCAUCACCCGCAAUGUCUCAAAGUCAAAUGAUGGGCAACCAAAUGGGUUCACAGCAGCCGUGCUAUACCAGACCAAUUAACCACAAUGGCUGCUACGUACCACAUCCCAAUAACAACUGGGAUCAAAAUAGGAUGUGCCAGAACCAAAGUCAAAUGUCACAGCAGCAAAGCAUGUGCGGUAGUGAGUACAACAACCCACAUUGCAGGCCAAUGCCAAUGAACAAUGGUUACAAUCAAUGUCAAAAUCAUGCCAACUAUCAGAUGUGCAACCAGAACAACGUUUACUGUAAACCGAUGAACCAAAAUUAUCAAUGCAAUACAUAUCAGCAGAACCAAGGUUAUAACUGCAUGCCGAACAUGACUGAACCGCUUACAUCCCCUGCGAUUGCGACUCCAGCACCGACGGAAAUGAUGAACCAGCCCCAACAGGCGCAAAUGACGAGGCCGUGCACCCACUACAACAGCCAGAACUGCUAUCAGCCACCUUACAACGGCAACGGGCAGUGCAUGCCGAACUGCAACUGCAAAAACGGUCCUUACCCUCAACAAAGCAAGUGCUUCCAGAGGUGCGGCAGCGAGAUCCAAUGCAAAGACGUCAGUCAGUCGCAAAUGUCGCCUGGAGUAGCGAAUGGGGCGCCGAGCGUGCAAAACGGAGGGCUGACUACGCUGGGAAUGCGGCAGGACACCUACCAAAGAACUUUGGAGUACGUGCAGAAUUGCCAAUCGUGGGUGACGGGUAAUCCCGAAUCGGUGACGAGCAGCACGCAUCCAGCCGCCGCUGUUGGGGAGCCAACCCCUGUCCCACCCUCCUCCAACAUGGUAGUGAACGACAUGACGUCGUCGCUAAGUUCCCUUCUCGAAGAGAACCGGUACUUGCAAUUGAUUCAAUAAUACUGUUUUUAUAAUUUCUGUAAAAAUGUACAUAUUGUGAUAUUAAUGUUGUAAUUACGAGUUGAGUGUAUUCGAGCAAUAUUUAAUUAGAAGGCUUUAACUUUUUUUUUGUUUUUGUGAAUAAGAUGAAUUCUAUGUGAAUGUGUAAAAUAAAUAAAUGUUUAAUUUCAAAUUUGUAAAACAAGCUAUUAUUUAUGUUAUUUUAGUUAUUCGAGGGAUCACGACAAAGAUCUCAAAUAGGUUUAAGGACAAUUACUGCCAUGACAAAUAUUGUUGUAUAUUACAUAAUCUGUAAGAGUUUUAUAUUUCUAUUUGCAAUGAAGAUAUUUAACAAAAUAAAUGCUUAAAA